CCCCUUGCCCCUUGGCUCCCGAGACUUGGCUCCGCCCCCUUCUCAUCCGACGUGCAGUUGCAACUAGCCAGCCAGCUGCUGGAGGCACUUUGGCCAGUGCGGAGGAGUCGAGGCUGCUUCGUCCAUCAGCUGAGUUCUCUGUACUGCUGGCGGCAUGACGGCCAUAGCGAUUCAGGCUCAGAAGCUACUGGUUCCGAAGAGGCCAACCAAGUCCUUUUUCGAAUCAUGGAUCCGAACCCUAAUCAUUCUGUGUGCUGCCAUUGCUGUGGUUCUAUCUUCCAUCUCUAUAUGUGAUGGCCACUGGCUCCUGGUGAAGGAUCAGCUCUUUGGCCUGUGGCACUUCUGCGUUUUCACUAAUAAUAGUGAGCUGAAUUGCUUCACAGACUUGCGCCUUGCCCAGGUGGAUGGACUGGCAGUGGGUAUGGUCCUGGCCCGAAGUAUGGGGGCUCUGGCUGUGGUGGUGGCCAUCUUUGGCCUGGAGCUCCUGAUGGUCUCCCAGGUGUGUGAAGAUGACCACUCUCGGCGGAAAUGGGCCGUGGGCUCCAUCCUCAUCCUGAUCUCUUUUGUCUUGUCUUCUAUGGGGCUCUUCAGUUUUGUGAUCCUCUUCAGGGACCAGGUCACCUUCACAGGUUUCACCUUGAUGUUCUGGUGUGAGUUCACCUCUUCCUUCCUCUUCUUCCUAAAUGGAAUCAGUGGCCUUCACAUCAAUAACAUCACACACCAGUGGAAUGGACCAAAGAAUUUUUAGAAAAUGAGAGAUCUCAGUCCUUCCUGAGAAUGAGCUUCUACUUAAUGCCUGGGUGAAACACACUCUAAAGCAACUGAUUUCUUUAAAGUCAUGUACCGCUUCUUUGUGGAGUUUUUUAUUAUUUUAAAAAACAAAACACCUUGUUCUCAUUCAUCUGGAGGUCUUAAGAAAAAAGAGUCAAGGUUCAGAUGCCAGUAAUUUUGCAGAGGAGAAGUGAUAUUUAAGUCAAAUAGGCUGGGGCUGUGGGAACACUUUAGGGGAGGGAUCUUCCAGCGGUCAAAUAAGGAGCUGCUGACAGUAUUCCAAAGCUUUGUUUCUUGGGUAGAAAGAUGCCCUUUGAAAGGUUGCCUAUUGGCCAUGACCCGUGGGGUAUGCAGUCAAGGGAACCCCAGGUGACAGCUCAGUGGCAGAGUACAAUGAAGGGAGGUGAGUCCGUCUAGACUCAAGAGGUGGGGAGCCCAAGACAACUGAUUCCUUUAUCAAAUGUAUUUUUUUCAAAUUAAAGAAUUUUAAGGUAGUUUUCUCUCUCUAUCCUCAACAGCAUUUGAAUAGUGUUGAAUCCAUGCAGGGUUCCUAACAGGAAAUACACACUUAACUGAGUUGCUAAAAAAAAAAAUAAUAACUUAAGCUUAGAUUAUUCUUGAGGAACUCCUCCCUCCUUGGCCCAGCUCUUCAAGGAUCCAUCUCUGACCUCACAAAGCUUCCUCCAGGAGUAUCUCCUGCAGUUGGCUGCGUUCCAUUAAAAGAGGACAACGCAUAUAUCUGAAGAGUUUCUAAGGACUGCUGCUUAAUCUGAUUUGGUUGCAACUACACCCAAUCUUCUCCUUUUCCCUACUCUUAUCUCCUCCUUAUCCAUCUCCAUCUCCUUUCCUAUCUCUCUCCCUUUUUUUCUUCCCUAUUAUUCAGAUCGAAAACCAAGUUUUGUCCUGAAAUGCCCAGGAAAAUGAAAGUAAAAGUACUUGGCUUAAAUUUUCAGUAUUCUUGCUCACUCUGACCCACUCCCAUUUAUAAGAUAAGAUUCCACUCUUUAAAAAGAUAAAUAAUUCCCUGAGAAUCACCACUUCCAUUCAAACUGGAGCAAAUUUUCUAAGGUUAAGCAACCAUUUUGUUGCUGAAAGGAGAAAGAAAUUGAGGGAAUUUCAUUUCUUAUACAUUUCAUAAUAUUCCUUAGAAAUUUCUUAGAUUUUUUAUUGAAGAAUUUUUAUAUCUUUGUGGUUCAUCUGCCCCAAUAGUAGAAUAACCAUGUGAUCUCUAUUGGGAGGAUCACCCACGUGACAGUCUUCUGAGGUAUGUGGCUGAUCUGGAGCUCAAGAUGUUUUUAGAAUCCCUUGAACGAAUUAGGAGCUCAAUAAAAACUUUAUGUGAUCUGAUUUAAUUGGAUCCCUGAAUUUGGGGGUGGGAUCCUUCAGUCACUGCAUAGUCGGGCUCUGUGGGGCCUCUGGCAAUGUGGAUACCUCUGGGAGAAAAGAGCUCAGUUGUAGAGUUACUGCUCUCUACCUGCUAGCCAGGUGAUUUUCCUUUUCUGGUCCAAGCUCAACAGUGUUUGUUUCAUUGUUCUUUCUGCUCACUGAGUUGCCUUUUACUGACUUCUAACAUCAGGGACACAUUCGUUUGUGGUGUGUGUGUGUGUGUGUUUUGCUGUGUUCAUGCUUGCUUAAGCAGGCACCACUAACAGCUUAAAUGGAAGAGUAAAUUAGUUCAAUGUUUUCCAUUCCCAGUACACAACUUGUUUAUAAGCAAGAAGUCUUCAUCAGUACACAUACCUUGACCUGCUGGACUUUGCCAAUUGCUAGGUGUCAGACCUUGGAUAAUGAUUAAUAUCCAUCAUUAAGUUUCUCUGUGUGUGUUUCUGAGAAGGAGGAUUUCUUCUUAGGUAGGGAAGUAUAGAUUACCAUCUUUGCCAGCUGGAAUUUAUCUGCAUUCUUUUGCUUUGAUUGUCUCCCUUCUAAGUCCUCCCAGGCCAGUCUGGGGUGGAGGGUUUCCCUCAGUCCAUUAUUUCCAUUCCCAUCUGUUGACAUUCUUUUCAUUUCUGUAACUCUACCCCUCAGGUCUUCCCUCUCCUCCUGUCCAUCUGGUCUGUACUGGUUAAUCUCAGUCUCUUGCCCUCUGCUCAGGCUUUUGCACAAACAUCUUUUUUCUCCCUUUGCAAGCCUCUACCCAGUGACCUGGCUUGACACAGCUGACCAGAGUUCUACCUACUGUAUUCUCUGGAUGUUCCAUUCUAGUCACUGCUCUUGUUAAGGGCCACUUCGUGUAUCUAUCCCUUGGAGGUGGUGACCAGCUCUAUGCUGGGCUAAGUUCUUCACCUACCAAGACAGUAAUUCAUUUUAACAUUUAUUUGGAACACCCUUGGGGAAAUGGGGUACAGUCUGGGAAAGGUGUCCAUGCUCUGGUCUAUUUUAGGCACUUAAUAAAUAUAUUGCUGCAUUUUAAAGCAUAGCAUGCCUCUGACCAUAAAAACAGAAUCUUUCUGGAGGAAGGCUCCAGGGAUCAAGGGAUACUAAAUGUUUGUCAAUAGCCUUAUAGCAUUAUGAGAGAGACAAGCUGAAAUUAGCUACAACCAGAUAGUUAAAUACCAUUCCCCUAAUAUCAGACUCUUGCCAGAUUGGCACCUGUGAGAAAGUGAGUAGGGAUUUACAAAAAUUAGGGACCUAAGGGCAGUUUUUCAACUGAGGAUUGAUGACUGAGGAUCGUGGGGUGGAGUUGGAUGGAAAAGAAGGAAUAGGAUAGGAAUAAACAAACUGUCCCUGAAUUUCCAGGAACUCUUGACAUUAAAUCAAAAGCCCCUUUCCUUGUGAUGAAAUCUGUGACUUGGCCCCAGGGAAACCUAAAAAAACCCAGUCAUUUAGGCUAACCUUGGCCUUAUUCCUGGCACAGAGGUUGAGUGGCCUGGGAGCUCAUUGUUUUUCUGGAAAGAGACCCCAGGGCUUCAAGAAGACUUUGAAGCUUGGUCUUCUCUGGACACUGGGACUCACAGCUGCAUCAGCAGAGGGACUUUUACCCCCUCUUUAUUUAGCCUCUCUCCAGCAAGAGAGACUAGACAUUGUACUCGGACAUUUUCUAUCUAUGUUCUAAAUGCAAGACAUACUUAUCGGUACUCAGACAUUUUCUAUCUGUAGCCUAGUUGCAAAAGGCAAAUGUGUGCACCUUUUCCAAUGUUAAGCCUCAAUGGGUUUCUUUGUGGAGUGGUGUUUGUUCUUUAAAUGAAGAGUCAGCCCUCAAGGACUAAGUAAUGUUCAAUAAAAUAAUUCAGAUCAUA